AUGGCCAAAUCUAGAAGAAACGACGGGUUCGCCAAGUCCAAACAGUUUGAGCAGCUCAACCCAGAUAUAGAGGAUGAGAUUCUUGAGGUUUAUGCCCAACUCACUGCUGAAUCUCCUGACUUGUUCCUCCAUCAACUACCAGAAUUUUUCACAUUCUUGAAAGUGCCCCAUUGCUUCAUCUAUGAUAUCUUGCAAUGUACAGAGUACUACUACGAGUUCAUGCAGCGGGACAAGUUGGUGGUGGACGCUAGAAAUGUGAAGCAGCAAACCACUAUCAACUUGCUUCAGGCAUAUACCAUUACUGGCUCCGAUUCCGAUUUGAUCGAUAUCGUGGAUAUCGAUAAGCUAAUACGGCAUGGCAACAAGCUUGUCAAGUUCCGCAACAACUAUCACCACAUAUACGAGAGCUGGAAAUUGUUCGUGCAGGCAGCGUCAGACUCCACCUCCAAAUCUGCCAUUGUACACUACAAGCUAAGUCUUCCUGACUUGAAGCGCAUCAAGGCAGUAUUGAAUUUGGAUGAAAGCGAGGGAAGAACCAGUUUUAGUGACUCUCUUUUGAUCGAUAUGCUCAGCUGCUGCUCGACCGACUCCGACGGAAAUAUAAUCAACUUCGACUUCGAUAAGCCCAAGGAGGGAUCGUACUUGUCCAUUAAAGACUUCGCCGAGAUUUUGGGCAACUUGGGAGAGCUCGAAUAG